UCCGGCAUUGGACUCGAGUAGACGGUGCACAAACCCUAGCCCGUACCUUCCCGAUUCUCAAAUCGGGAAAUUCGAUCGCAGAAAUCGAUUCGAGGGCCCAACCCUAAUUCGCAAUUUGUUUUUUAGCUUGAUCCGUUGCUGUUACCUUUUUCAUUUGAUAGUUGAUGGAGCUAUUUAUGCGUUGAUUCCUGCCGUCGAGAAGAAAGAAAGAGAGCGAAGGGAGAGGAAAAUUGGAUUCCAGAGAUCUCUGCGUUUGUUCACGCUACUUCGAUUCAACGCUGCUGUUUUGGAUUUUUUUUAAAUUUUUCAUGGGAGAGAAGAUUUUUGAAGAAUUGCCUACUUGGGAUAAAACUUCAAUGCUUUUGAUGGCCAGAAGUGAGAGGAUAUGAUGGCUCUCGGCUUUCUCUCCAGAGAAGAAGACGAUUUGUUUUUCGAACCUAGAGACGACUUAUCGUCAGUUUUUGAUUCUUGUCCUCCAAGCCCGGCUACUAGCGAUGUUUCAUUUCCAGAAGAGAAUUCUGGUAAGUUGGUGAACAGCGAUCCUUUCUACCAGGUGUGGAUCAAGAGUCCUGGUAGCAUACAGGAACGGAGAGCUAAGUUCAAGCAGAUCAUGGGCUUAGAUCCGAUUACUAGCCUUAAUCCCGAUUCCAUUGUACCAGACAAAGAACUAAGGGUGGAUAUCACAGCCACAGAGGGCAUUGAUAGGCUAUCUUCCGAUUCUGGUGCUGUACUCCAGGGUUCUGUUCGGGCAAAUGAAUCUCUGCAGUCUUCCCGCUUUGUUGAGCCUCCCAGCACACCUCAAAGGAGAGCCUCUGCUGAACCAUUUAGCUGCAAAACAAAAAUUUUGAAUGAUUCAAACCAGAGCUGUGGUGGUCGAAGUCUUCGGGAAGAUGAGAGGCUCUUUAUGUCAUCUUAUGCUAAGCAAUCCAUCCGGAGAAAUGAUAGCUCAUCAAGCACAAGCUCUGACAAAACGGUGCUUAGAAAAAGGUUUAGUUGGUUGAGGUGGUUGGGUGCCGUUGCUUGCAUUGUUGAUAGGCAAAACUACCAUUUUUCUUCAGAUUUAUCUGAUUCAGAAGAAAAGUCGAGAAGCAGAUUUCAAAAAAUUCAAGUGCGUCCAUAUAGAAAGCAAUCCAAGGAAUUCUCUGCUGUCUAUUCAGGGCAAAACUUUAAGGCCCAUCGUGGGGCUAUCCUUACCAUGAAGUUUAGCCCCGAUGGAGAGUAUUUAGCCAGUGCUGGUGAAGAUGGAGUUGUGCGAAUAUGGCGUGUGAUGGAGUGUGUGAGGACUAGUGAAUAUGACAUUCCUAAUGAUGAUCCUUCAUGCAUUUACUUGACUGUUCACCGGAAUAGGGAAGCUUCAACCCUUCAUGCUGAUAAAGAAAAACUUAUCAGAUCGAGGAGUUUAUGCAGCACUUCAGAUUCAGCAUGUGUUGUUGUUCCUCCGGAGGUUUUUCGCUUAUCUGAGAAACCAUUAUAUGAGUUCCAUGGUCAUAAAGGCGAUGUUUUGGAUCUCGCUUGGUCGAAUGGCAAGCAUUUGCUAUCAUCUUCUGUUGAUAAAACUGUUCGUUUGUGGCAAUUGGGCUGUGAUGGUUGCCUCAAAGUCUUUGCUCAUAAUAACUAUGUGACUUGCGUUCAGUUUAAUCCGUCUGAUGAGAGAUAUUUCAUAAGUGGUUCUAUAGAUGGGAAAGUUCGCAUCUGGGAAAUUCCGAAUUGCCGUGUUGUGAACUGGACUGAUAUCAAAGAGAUUGUCACUGCAGUUUGCUAUCACCCAGAUGGGAAGGGAGUUAUUGUUGGCUCCAUGAUGGGUGAUUGUUGCUUUUAUGAUGCAUCAGAUAAUCAUCUUCAACUGGAUAGAAAGCUUUCGUUCUGCGGCAAAAAGAAGUCUGUAGAAAAGAGGAUCACCGGCCUUCAGUUUUGCCCCAGUAGCAGCUGCAAGCUAAUGGUUACUUCUGCUGAUUCAAAAAUAAGAAUCCUUGAUGGGCCCAAUGUAGUCUCUAAAUACAAAGGUCUCCACAAUUCCGGAGGCCAGAUAUCUGCAGCAUUCACUUCUGAUGGGAACCACAUAGUUUCCGCCAGCGAGGACUCGAAAGUCUACAUCUGGAACCACUUGAAGACGGAUCAUGUCCCAUCGUCCAAUUCAAAGAGCAUUCGAUCCUCCGAGUGUUUCGACUCCAAUCAUGCGUGCAUUGCAGUGCCAUGGCAGGGUCUAUCAUCGAAGAAGUCAGCGUCGGGACCAUUUCACCUAACUUCAUCACAUGAAAACCACAAAAGAUAUCCAGAAAAGGAUUUCCCGUCUCUGGUAGACUCGCUGGGGAACAAGAUUCUCUACCUCUCACCUUCCAGCAAUAUCAUCUUAAGCCCAGAGUUCUUUGCUGAUAUCAUCCACAGGGGUUCAGCAACAUGGCCGGAAGAGAAGUUACCUUCUUCUUUAUCAAAAAUGUCAAGUUCUGGUAAAUUACAUUUCAAGUUUCUGAAACCUCCUUGCCAAAAGAACACCUCUCAUGCCUGGGGCCAAGUCAUAGUGACUGCAGGCUGGGAUGGGAGGAUUCGUUCGUUCCAGAAUUAUGGAUUACCCGUCCACCUGUGAAUCUUAGAGGCUAUGUAGGUCACAAUUCCUAACGAAUAAUCGGUCGAAUUCUUCGUUUGUUUCUCGGUUUUUUGCUCGGGCCACAAUUUUACUCGAGUAGUAGUGGCUCGGAAUGAUUUAAGGAGCGCUGAUGGCGGUGCAUUACAGGCCAGGUUAUAUGUACAAUUGUGCAGUUUUUAUCAAGAGGCUCUCAGAUUUUUCAUUGAUUUAUUGUUAAAUUUUCUUAGUUUCAGAGAUAGUUUACUGCAACUGAUGUUGCAAUAUUUGGUGUAAAAUUGAAUGAUUUUUGCCUCUGUAAUAAGGUUGGAAGCAGGGGUGUGUGCAUUGUUAAUUGUGAUAGACACAGAUUUAGGCUGAAAGCUCAUAGAAGGAAAGAGAUUUGUCUUUAGUUGCAUAAUCACAGAUUAUUACAACUGUUCAUUUAAAGCAGGCUUU